AAUUACAUGAGCAUUGGAGUAUUAAACGGGGUAGAUACCGGUCUUUGCGAGACCCCAACUUGUAAAAAGGGUCCAAAAGAGAGGGAUUUAGAUGUGUUAAGCGUCCCAUUGAUUUCAUUGCGCGGGUUGACCCAGAUAGAUAGUUAAGUCCCGAAUUUGAAAUUCCACCAAAUUGGAAGCGAGUGGUGAGUGAAUGAAUGGAAGGAGUAGCGGAGGGGCUUUGGGGACUGGCAGAUUAUGAGGAGAAGAAGGGAGAAAUUGGAAAAGCGGUGAAAUGCUUGGAAGCUAUAUGUCAAUCCCAAGUUUCUUUCCUUCCUAUUAUAGAGGUUAAAACUCGACUCCGCAUUGCUACUCUCCUACUCAAGCACACCAAUAAUGUCAACCAUGCCAAAUCCCACCUCGAACGCUCUCAAUUGCUGUUGAAGUCCAUUCCGUCGUGCUUUGAACUCAAAUGCAGAGCAUAUAGCUUGUUGAGCCAGUGUUACCAGCUAGUGGGGGCUAUUCCUUCACAAAAGCAGAUACUGAACAAGGGUUUGGAACUUAUUACAACUUCUGAAGAUGGGUUUUCCGGGAGGUUAUGGUACUGUAACUUCAAUUCUCAGCUAGCAAAUGCUCUUACAAUUGAGGGAGAUCAUCAUGGUUCAAUUUCCGCACUGGAAAACGGCCUAAUGUGUGCAACUCAAAUGUGCUAUCCAGAGUUACAGAUGUUUUUUGCAACUUCGAUUUUGCAUGUGCACCUCAUGCAAUGGGAGAAUGACAGUUCCGUUCAAGAUGCUGUCAACGGAUGCAAUAUAAUAUGGGAAUCUAUUGAAUCAGAAAAAAGACAGCAAUGCCUUGGUUUGCUAUUUUACAACGAGCUGUUGCAUGUAUUUUAUCUACUCCGGAUAUGCGACUACAAGAAUGCUGUUCAACAUGUUGACAAAUUGGAUGCUGCCAUGAAGUCUGAUUUACAGAGGAGGCAACAGAUCAAGGAACUGACUAAGGAGCUUGAUGCAGUGAAUGAAAGUCUCUCUCGUUCUGAUUUAAAUUACAGAGACAGAUCUGCUCUUUCUGGAAAACAAGCUCACCUUGAGGAGCAACUUAAUAACUUAACAGGAACUGACAAAGAAUUUUCUGAACCGAUAUACUUUGGAAGUGUGAGACGGACUUGGGAAGACAAGCUUGAAUUGGCAUCACCUCCUAUUGAUGGAGAAUGGCUACCUAAAGGUGCUAUAUAUGCAUUGGUAGACCUUACAGUAGUUGUUUUUAACCGUCCCAAAGGACUUUUUAAAGAGUGCUUGAAGAGGAUUCAGUCUGGCCUGCAAACUAUUCAAGAGCAGCUGAAAAAGCUUGGGAUUGUUGAUGGAGUGAGAGAAGUGGAUUUGCAACACUCUGCUAUUUGGAUUGCUAGCGUCUAUUUGAUGCUUCUCAUGCACUUGCUUGAAAACAAAGUAGCAGUUGAUCUAACACGUUCUGAUUUUGUUGAAGCGCAAGAGGCAUUGGUGCAGAUGAGAAAUUGGUGUAUUCGCUUUCCAACAAUUUUACAAGCUUGUGAGUGUGUUAUUGAAAUGCUUAGAGGACAGUAUGCACAUUGUGUUGGCUGCUAUGAUGAAGCAAUUUAUCAUUUCCUUGAAGCUUCGAGGCUAAGUGAGAACAAAUCAAUGCAAGCCAUGUGCUGUGUGUAUGCCGCAAUAUCUUACAUCUGCAUGGGAGAUGCUGAAUCCUCAGCAAAGGCCCUUGAUCUGAUUGGACCAGUAUUAGGAGUGAUGGAUUCUUUCACAGGAGUGCGAGAGAAAACGAGUGUCCUUCUUGCCCAUGGGUUUCUACUGAUGAGGCAGCAAAAUCUACAAGAAGCAAGGUAGAUCUCUAAAACAAAAAUG